AGAGCCCUGAAGACAAGGGGUAGCACCCCGAAAUAUGGACUCAUUUUCCAUUCUACCUUCAUUGGUCGAGCAGUUGCCAAGAACAAAGGCCGCAUCUCCCGAUACCUGGCAAACAAAUGCAGUAUUGCCUCACGAACUGAUUGCUUCUCUGAGGUACCUACCCGUGUAUUUGGGGAGAAGCUUCGAGAACAAGUUGAGGAGCAGCUGUCCUUCUAUGAGACUGGAGAGAUUCCACGAAAGAAUCUGGAUGUCAUGAAGGCGGCAAUGGUUCAGGCAGAGGAAGCGGCUGCUGAGAUUACUAGGAAGAAACAGAAGAAGAAACGCUUGAAGAAGGAAAAGAAAAGACUGGCUGCGAUUGCCCUGGUGUCUUCAGAAAACAGCAGUAGGACCCCGGAGGAAUGUGAGGAGACAAGUGAAAGACCCAAAAAGAAGAAAAAGCAGAAACCCCAGGAGGCUCCUCCGGAGAAUGGAAUGGAAGACCCAUCUGUAUCCUCCAAACCCCCCAAAAAGAAAUCUUUCUCCAAGGAGGAGCUGGUUAGCGAUCUUGAAGAGACAGCUGGCAGUGGAAGUCUUACCACGAGGAAGAAAUCUUUCCCCAAAGAGGAACCAGAUAGUGACCCUGAAGAGUCAGGAAACAAGAGGGUUCCCAAGAAAAAGAGGAAAUUCUCUUCCAGGGAGGAGCCUCUCAGCAGUGGACCUGAAGAGGCUGCUGCCAGCAAGAACAGCAGCUCCAAGGAAAAGAAAAAGCUCCGAAAGCUGCCCCAGGAAAAUGAGAACGGACAUUUCCCUCGUAGGGCAUAA